AGCAAAAGGCCCAUGGUAACCAGUGCAGUAGCGAGCGGGUCGGGUUACAACGUGCGCACUGACUGGUGAUCUUGCUGAGAUAGUAGGCUGUUAGACACUGCAGGACCGCUUUGAAGACCUGAUCAGAUGGCAUAGCCGAACAACACGGCAAAUGAAUAGAGCUCCCUUUGAAAUCGGACAUAAAUUAUUGAUUAAUCAAAAUCUACAUAAUGUCUCAUAUUGUCACUCUGAUAUAGACAGUCAUCUGAGGAUAGCAGGCAGAAGGAGAGGGCAGCUGCAACUUGCUCGAGGCGACCCUCUGUUCAAAAGUUAGGUUAGGAUUUCGACUCCAAAACUGUUAUAUUUUCAUCUUUCUUCUCAUGAAUAUUGGAAUUUCGUGGCGGAUAAAAAGCGAAUAAACACGUAUAACAAACAUGGAAGAAGAUCAGAAAUGGGGAGCUGCUGAUAAAUCUAAAGUGGGGAGGACUUGCAACGAGUUCUACCCUUGUAAAAAGCCCUUUUGGAGGAAUUGUAAAGACCUGUCUGCUAUAACUGUGUGCAUCGCUUUAUCGGUGUUGUCUUUUGGAGUUUGCUUACUGGUUUUCCUUCGGACCUCGGAUCUGCAUUCCCGGAUACUAAAUCUGGAAAAGCAGAGAGAAACACAGGUCUCCGCGUGGAUCUCUCUCGAGCAGGUGGAACCCGUUAUCUUGGGACGCCUCGAUCAGAUUUUGGAAGAGAAACUAGCUGCUCGGCUUCCCAAGACACGAGAGGCCAGAGACGCGACCCAGGGCUGUGUCUGUCCACCAGGGCCUCCUGGCUCGAGGGGAAAGAGAGGUCGCGAAGGGGAUCCAGGACCUCCAGGUCCUCCUGGACGAGCAGGCUUUCCGGGUGACAAAGGAACUAUGGGAAUUCCUGGACGAAUGGGGUUAAAAGGACACGCAGGGGAAAAGGGAGCACCAGGGGAGCCAGGUCUGUCUAUCAUUGGGCCGCGUGGACCUCCUGGGCAGCCAGGAACCAGAGGAUUUCCAGGCUUCCCGGGUCCAAUUGGUUUGGACGGCAAGGCUGGCCAGAAUGGAUUAAAAGGUGACAUGGGUCAGCGUGGUCCAAAAGGAGUCCCGGGUGAACCUGGUCCCAAAGGCGAGAAGGGUGUAUGUGGAGACUACACACACCGGGGCCUUUUUGUACAGGAUGUGCCAUUGAAAACCCUUGCUGCCUUACGCUCCAAUCAGGCUCUGAUGUUGAAGCAGGGCGAUCCUGGAGCACAAGGCCCCCCUGGACCUCCUGGGCCCCCCGGCCUCCCAGGGACCGCUGGACUGAACGGAGCUAGUGGACCACCGGGGAAACCUGGUGAACCAGGAAAACCAGGCAAAGACACGAGGCUCUUACCAGGAAUGAAGGGUGAGCCUGGCAUGCCUGGAUUAAAGGGUGACCAUGGAAAUGUAGGACCCAUUGGACCUGAAGGCCCCAAGGGACCAAAGGGUGACAUAGGGGGAAAGGGGGAGUCAGGUUUUCCAGGCACCCCUGGACUCAAGGGUCAGGCUGGCACCCAUGGUAUUCCUGGUAUACCUGGCAAGAGGGGCUACAGGGGUGAUAAGGGGGAUGCCAGUCAAGAAGGUACCGGCAUCAAAGGGGAACCUGGAACACCAGGACUAGCAGGCUCAGUUGGACCCAAGGGUGACAAAGGAGAUCAGGGGCUUAAGGGAGAGUCAGGACCUGAGGGGCCAUCUGGACCAAAAGGACCUCCAGGUCCAACCGGAGAACCAGGAAAAGCAGAAAUCCUGAACAACGAAAAUGAUAUUCGAAAUGUACCUAUGAUGGGCCCCCCCGGAUUACCUGGCCCUCCAGGCAUACCUGGUCUCACUGGCACCAAGGGUGAAGUUGGUUUGCCGGGUCCUCCUGGUCUUGAUGGAGAGAAGGGCCCCAGAGGGAAGCCCGGUGAUGUGGGUCCUGCCGGCCCCACAGGUCCUGAGGGCGGCAGAGGGGAGGGAGGCCUUAUGGGCUACCCAGGACCCAAGGGAGAUAAGGGGGACUCAGGUCCCUCUGGAUCACCUGGUUUAGAUGGGCCUACGGGGGAGAAGGGGGUUUCAGGGACCCAAGGCCCCAUUGGAUUACCAGGCUCAAUGGGUCCAAAAGGAGAGGCAGGGGAUAAGGGUGAAAGAUCCGAUAUGGUUUAUGGGCCCCCGGGAUCUCCAGGGCCCCAAGGACCAGUUGGCCCUGCAGGACCUCAAGGACUCUCAGGGCCAAAGGGAGAGCCAGGCAUUGGCUUAAGGGGAGAGAAAGGAGCAUCUGGUCUGAAAGGCGACAAGGGGGACAGGGGCCAUCUUGGACUUCCUGGGGCUCAUGGGUUAGACGGCAGACCAGGUCCAGUGGGUCUGAUCGGACCAGUGGGUGUAGCAGGGCCAGCAGGACCAAAGGGAGAGAGAGCUGUGAAGGGAGACACAGGAGUACCAGGACCAAUUGGGCCUCAAGGCAUCCCUGGUUUAGUAGGACCACAAGGAUUGAAAGGAAAUCGGGGAGAGAGGGGCAAGAAAGGCAACAGGGGGGCCAAAGGGGAUAAGGGAGACCAAGGAGCACCCGGACUAGAUGCCCCCUGUCCGUUGGGAGAUGAUGGCUUACCAGUACCCGGUUGUUGGAAUAAAGGUCAAAAUCCUUUCCAACUGGCUAAGAAGUAAGAGGCACCAGAGAUCUGCCUAGCAAUGUUUCUCUAAAAGCUGCCAUGAGCAAACUUGAAGACGUUAGGAGGUACCUGGUUUUGACCCAACCAGGGCACCAUCUUACAGAGUUUCCAGAAGGCUGAGAGAGGGCCAGUAUCAUUGGGCGCUCUGGUAGCAGUGAGCAGACCGACUUCACCGAAGCAAAAAAAAUAUCGAAAAGGAAUUUUCAGUCCUUUACAGUUCUUCGGCUACUCGUGUGGAAAUGCCAUCCCCAUGACAGAGAGAUACAGAUGCAUUUCUUUGACUUUCAUAUGCUCGAUACUUUCAUCUAUUUUAUUCACUAUGUGAAGGCGAGACAUUCACUUUUUAUUGUGUACAAUUUUCUGUGUUUUCUCUGUCACCAACAACUGUGAUUCAAAAUUCAGAGCAGCUCACAAAACAGAUAGACGCAAUCUUUCGGUCUUCAUGUGUUUCCAAGAUAAGCCAAAAACAUAGGAAAACACCUAUUGAUGAUUCCUGAUUUCAAACUCACUGCCAUCUCUACUAUCCUUGCUGAUGCAGGUGUAACAUCCUGUUUGAUUGUGCACAAGGAUGAACUUUGACACUAGCAUUGCAUAUUGUUGGUAUGCAUUUAUACUUGUCUGUACAUUUAUUCACAUUCUUGGGUGUUUAAUGAUGCCACAUAUUCAUUUUGUAUAUUAGGAUUCAUGUGUUACAGUAUGUCCAGAGUGUAUUCUAUAGCUUUGUAUAUUAAUAUUUGAUGCAUUGAUGCAACAUGACAUGCCCAUAAAUAAUCCACAUGAGGUGCUAAAUGGAUUGUAAUAUAGUUCUCCAAAAUCAUGUCAUCUCUUAGAACAUUCACUUAAGUCUUUCAUUGAUACACCAAACUCAAAAAAUAGACAAAUUCAAUGUUCCUAUCCCAAGGUAAAGAGCAAUGAUUCAUUUCAUUCACUGAAAUAAUUGGCAUUGCUACAUAGCAGGAAGCAAUAUUUUUUGGGUGGAGUUAAGGGGGCGUGCCAUCAGAGUUUGAUGUUCUUUUCUGUUAUACACAGCAUCCAAUACCAGCCAAGUUCUUAUUCUGAUGUAUGUAAAAUAAGGGUUGUCUACUAAACAGUUUUUAUGAUAAAUUGUCAUUUUCUAAUCGUAAUAUGACUUAUCGGACUGUACUUUGCAUGGAUAAUCUUACAAAAGAAUAACAAAAGAUUACAAAAAAUUAUACCGUAGUUGAUCCCUAAAACAUUUUUAUAGUUUCAGAGUUUUUUAAGCUUUUAUCCAAGACAUUAUAAGAGGACAGUAAAUUAUGUGGCAAUGUUUGUGGGAAGUAUGUACAUAUUUGUUUUAUUUGGCUCAUUUCUUUUAAGGACGUGAAAUUUAGCCACAAUCUUUGACUCAUUUGAACCCAUGAUGUGUUCACUUCAAUAUGCUAAACCUGAAGACUGAAUUGCUUGAUUAUCUGAUACAGUUAGUGGCAUUAUCCGUUUGUGACUUUAAUUAUAUUUAACACAAACUUUCCUGUUUUGUAGAGAAUUAACUGCACGGAAGCAUUCCUUGUGUCAUUUUGACAAUCGACAAACCUGGUUAUAAAUUGUGUAUUUUCCCCAUUAACUUUGGGUGUUUGCUGUUGUUUAGCAUACAAAGUGUGUUACUGUUACACUGUAUUAGAGAAAGUUAUCAUAAUACACAUUAUUUUAAAGGCUUUGAAGUAUUACAAUGCUCUGCAAAGUGAUCUUGGUGAUAUAAAGUAUUGCAAGCAAUUUUAUGGCUGCAUCAUAGUCCCAGGUGAUAUUAAUGACUUAUCAAUAGAGUUAUCUUUAGUUCACGAUGAUUUAAGUAUGCAACAAACACCAAAUGCACUAAACCAUGUCUUUGUGCAUAGACCCAUUUAGAAGUAAAUUCUUACAUCUUAAAGUAGUCUGUACUUGUCAGACCAAUAGUAUUACCUCUAAUUAACCCUCUACAAAGUACAUAAACUAGCAAUAAUUGCAGUGAUAAAAAAACUAUAGAAAUUGUUAGCCUGACUAAAAGAUAUGUUUGUGUAACUCAGAAGCACAACACAAACAAGCAUUGUUUGUGUAUGCUCAGAAGCAUUCACCGUGCGCAUUUACUUUUUGAUAGGAUGAUCUCUAAUUGUUUGUAUGCAUUACAUUUCUGCUUUCUUCACAUUUAUAUUUUGCACAGUUAUGGACGUAGUCUACUCUUUAAUUUUACCAUCUGUGGACAGUAUUAUGAUCUGUUUGUAUCAUAUUUCUUUGGUAAACAUUUCCUUAUUGAUACAAAUGUAUUUUAUCAUGCCUUUCAUCUUUAUGUACUCUUCAUGUUUUAUCUCAGAAUUUCAGAAUGCAUCACUUAAUACUUAUUAACAUGAAAGACAACUAACAUUAAUUUAACAAAAAAAAAGGAAUAAAUUGUUAUUUACACAUUUUGGGAUCAAUGCACAAAAUGGUCCUUUGUAAAUAUAUUAGUUACGUUUGCAAACCUCUCCCAAUUAAUCCACUCCAAAUCCAUAUACAUCUCCAGUUUAAAUAUUUCCCAAAAAUCUGGUUAUGAAUUUUCACUUUUUAUAUACACAAGAGUAAGAGUUUAGAGUUUAAGAGUACACAGAUCUUUUUUAAAGGAGGGAUUGAGUUGAAGUUAAGCAUUUGGUCAGAAUUACCAGUUUAUGGUAAAAGAGUUUUGUCUCUGUAUCUCCUCUUUAAUUUGUCUGUGUACAGUUAAGGAGAGGAUAGAAAGUUUGUGAGAAACUAUUGUUAGUUAACUUAAUACAUUUGUUAUCUUAACGAUCCUCUGUAAAUAAUGGAAAUAACCCAAGAUGUAUAAUGUUGUAAAAAUCUGUUUGUGUGAUAGCGUAUUUCUUUACGUUUCAGUACCUGAUUGCAAACACAUAAGUGGGCAUUUAUUUUAAUGCAUUGAUGUUAAAACCAUCUGCAUGAUGAUUUUGUUAAUAAGCACUAUUCAUAUUAAGCAACAGUGUAACUUGAUAGCCUCAUUUGCUGCCUAAGCAAUGUAACCUUUUAGAAACCCCCUCGGUUGUUGCAGAAGGUUCUGUGGUGUAAAAACGUAUAGACAGAUGCAGGCCUACUCAAUCCACAAUUUAGUGUUUUAUUAACUUCAAUGAGUGUGGGGUCAAAAUGACUGUUACUGACGUUUUUAUUUUCAGAAAAUGUUUUUACUUUUUAUAUACCAUAAAUGGCAGCUUUAGUCACUGAUUGCCAAAAUAAAUUUCACUGUUAAAAUAGGCCUACGUGAUUUUGAAAACGUCAUCAAGAAUUCAAAAUAAAGAGGUU